AGGCGAUCAUUCAUUCCUUUUUGGCUGCUUCUGAAGUCUUGAAGAAGCUCAGUAUCAAGGAAGAUCAAACAGCAGUCACUGUUAGAGCAUGGACCGUUUGGGUUCCUUGAGCAAUGAUCCAUCUGAUAAGCCCCCUUGCAGAGGCUGCUCCUCCUACCUCAUGGAACCUUACAUUAAGUGUGCGGAGUGUGGACCUCCUCCUUUCUUCCUGUGUUUGCAGUGUUUCACGCGAGGAUUUGAGUACAAGAAACAUCAGAGUGAUCAUACUUACGAAAUAAUGACCUCAGACUUUCCUGUUCUUGAUCCCAGCUGGACUGCUCAAGAAGAAAUGGCCCUUUUAGAAGCUGUAAUGGACUGUGGCUUUGGAAAUUGGCAGGAUGUAGCUAAUCAGAUGUGCACCAAAACCAAAGAGGAAUGUGAGAAGCACUACAUGAAGCAUUUUAUCAAUAACCCUCUGUUCGCGUCCACCCUGCUAAACCUGAAGCAAGCCGAGGCAGCCAGAACCGCUGACACAGCCAUUCCGUUUCACUCUGCAGAUGACCCUCCCCGGCCUGCCUUUGACUCAUUGCUGUCUCGGGACAUGGCAGGAUACAUGCCAGCUCGGGCAGAUUUCAUUGAGGAGUUUGACAAUUAUGCAGAAUGGGACUUAAGAGACAUUGACUUUGUUGAAGACGACUCAGACAUCUUACACGCUCUGAAGAUGGCUGUGGUGGAUAUCUAUCAUUCCAGGUUAAAAGAGAGGCAAAGACGAAAAAAAAUUAUAAGAGAUCAUGGAUUAGUCAACCUUAGAAAGUUCCGAUUGAUGGAACGGCGGUAUCCCAAGGAGGUCCAAGACCUUUAUGAAACAAUGAGGCGAUUUGCAAGGAUUGUGGGACCAGUGGAACAUGACAAGUUUAUUGAAAGCCAUGCAUUGGAAUUUGAACUCCGGAGGGAAAUCAAGAGGCUCCAGGAAUAUAGGACAGCAGGCAUUACCAAUUUUUGUAGUGCCAGGACAUACGAUCACCUGAAGAAGACUAGAGAGGAAGAGCGCCUUAAACGCACCAUGCUCUCAGAAGUUCUCCAGUACAUCCAGGACAGCAGCGCGUGCCAGCAGUGGCUCCGCCGGCAGGCUGACAUUGAUUCUGGGCUGAGUCCUUCUGUUUUGAUGGCUUCAAACUCAGGAAGACGAAGUGCACCACCCUUGAACCUCACCGGCCUCCCUGGUACAGAGAAACUCAAUGAAAAAGAGAAGGAGCUCUGUCAGGUGGUGCGGUUGGUACCUGGAGCCUAUUUAGAGUAUAAGUCUGCUCUGUUGAAUGAGUGUAACAAGCAAGGAGGCUUGAGACUGGCACAGGCGAGAGCACUCAUCAAGAUAGACGUGAACAAGACCCGGAAGAUCUAUGACUUCCUCAUCCGAGAAGGGUACAUCACCAAAGCCUGAGU